UUACGCCUUUUGAUUUACGCCUAUAAUCUUUAAGGAGAACUUUCCUUACAUGAGUCGGAGUCCUAAAAUAUUUCCAACUCCGAUCAGAAAAACAAUAGUUCUCUAUAAAAGGCAGUCACAUAUCCUUCCCUUCUCCAUUCUAAUUUCUACAGUCUGAAUAUUUCAAAUUUAAUGAUUAAUUUGAAAACCCAUUAUGGUUUAUUCUGUCCGUCGAGUUCAGCGUUACUCAAUGCAUUCGUCUGGAGUUCGGAGGCAUUCUCAGUAUCAGCACGGCAGGUUAACUCAACGCUUCUCCGUCCCACUUGUGGCUUAUUUUCACCAUACGCCUAUAAUGCAAGAAAACGUCUCCGAGUUUCAGUCUUUCGUGGCUGAAUCGUGGCAUCGCGUGCCUGUUCAGCCACAUCCAAUGGUAGACGAGACGCUUAUAUGGGAAGAAUCAGAUAUUUUUGCUCACCUGAGGUCGAAUUUAUCUCGUGAUCAUGGUUUCUCCCAAGACACUAUUCUAAAACUCUUGAACACGAGAAGUUUUGUUAAAACGAAAGACAGAAAAGACAGUGGAGAAGGGCCCGAAAUUUGUGUGGUUUGCCAAGAAGAAUACGAAGAAGAUGAGAGAAUUGGAAGACUUCAUUGUGGACACGAAUACCAUGUCGAUUGCAUAUCGAAGUGGCUGUUGCAAAAGAAAGUUUGCCCCAUCUGCAAAGCCGAAUCAUUACCGGAUGGAAAGAACAGUUGAGGAAAUAAAAAUUAAUCGAGAAAUCUACAGAUUAUGUUCAAAAUAUUUUUACCUAUUUGCUAUUCGUUUCUUGAAGAGUAAUUGGGUUUCUAUAUUCUGUUUCUGAUUUUUAUUUGAAAUUGUAUAAAAAUAAAUGCAG